UUGGUAGACAAAAAUGCACGUUCUUCAUUGGUCAAGACAGUGAUAACACGAGAAUUUCUGUUACUUUUGGUUGCAUUCGACCGAUACACGCCACAUUACUCUAUUGAAAUAUUGUCUUCUCCAAGCAAACAUUUCCCAAUCAGUCUUGUCUGGUCAUUCCUGAUUCGUCAUGAACUCCAACUUGAAAAACGGUAUGUUGUCUCCCCGAUGUAGAAAUAUUAUUUGGCUAAUUAUGCUACUCAUUCCUGUAAUAUCCGCACAAGAAGGAAAUAAAGAUGGUGGAGAUCUGUAUGGUGACGCCAAACAAUGUUGUCAUUGUUCCCAUGGUAUCCCUGGUACCCCAGGUAUACCGGGUAAUCAUGGAUUACCAGGCCCAAAAGGAGACAGGGGCGAGCCAGGACAACGAGGCGAAAAUGGAAGAAACGGACUACCUGGUUUGCAGGGUCCAGCUGGUUCAGUGAAGGCAUAUAAUGGCUAUAAGGGCGAGGGCUAUAAAGGGGCCGGUUAUGUGAAAGCAUACGAUGGCGAUGAGUCUGAGGGUUAUAAAGGAGCCGGUUCAGUGAAAGCAUAUCAUGGCUAUAAAGGAGCUGGUUCAGUAAAAGCCUAUCAUGGCGACAAGGGUGAGGGCUAUGUGAAAGCAUACGAUGGCGAUGAGCCUGAGGGUUAUAAAGGAGCCGGUUCAGUGAAAGCAUAUCAUGGCUAUAAAGGAGCCGGUUCAGUGAAAGCAUAUCAUGGCUAUAAGGGUGAGAGCUAUAAAGGGGCCGGUUAUGUGAAAGCAUACGAUGGCGACGAGCCUAGGGGCUAUAGAGGUCCAAUGCAAACCACUCCAAAAGUUGUAUUUUCAGUUGCACGUACAUCGGUACUGGAUCCAUCAUCAGAACACAAGCCAGUAACGUAUGAUGAAGUCUACACAAAUGUAGGGGAACAUUACAAUGGAGACACCGGUAUCUUUACAUGUCCAAUUAGUGGUGUGUAUUAUUUUACAAUGACAGCACUUAAACAGAAUAGCGAUACCAAUAUGCAUGUUUGUUUUAUGAGAAACCAGACAAAGCUGACAUGUGCCUAUUCCGAAUCCGCGGGUUAUGGGACAGGUACAAAUAGUAUCAUAUUAGAAUUACAAGAGGGAGAUGAAAUGUGGGUUAGAUUAAGUGCAGGCAAUGCUUUAUACAGUGCUUCUCAUGGCUAUUCUACAUUCUCGGGUUAUAUGAUUUAUACCGAGACAUAAUAAUUGUCUAAUGUCCCGUUAUGAGCAUGAACACGUUAAUUACAGUUAGUGCAAGUUAGAUAAUCUGUUAUAUGAUGGCUGUAUAGUUUUCAUAUUUUCCCAGAGAAAUCAUGACAACAUUCAUAUAAAUCACGCCCUCUAGUGUCAGUAUAUUCUUCACUGCUAUUUCGAUAUUGUAUUGUUUAUUUUUGGAGGGGGUGAAAACAUUUUGUGCAUUUUCACAAUGUUUGAACUAACUUUGAUGUAUAGCCUGAAUAAAGUUUGUAACUUGAGGUUUAUUUUCACCAAUAGUCAACCUGACAAAAAUGUUACGAUAGCAAUAUGUUGGUGGGGAAUGAACUGCUCUUAGAUCAAUGUGUGUUCAUACACGAUGAAAGCUGGUUGUGAAGAAUUUGUUACAGACAUUAGACAAAGCAAAUAAGUAUAGAAAAUAAACAGAGGCGGAGCAGAAAUUAUCACAGAGAUACUUAUAUGUUUAUCUCUCAAUCCGGACAAUUGUUCAUGGUCAUUAAAAUAUCAAAUAUUCAUAUUGACAA